AUAUAGUCAUAACAUUCUCUAUUACAUAGUGAUAACUUAAUAAUUCUGCAACAAAUGAGUGAAAGAUUUUUUUAAGUAACAGCUUAAGAGAGCAAUAGUGGAGCGAUGCAGAUGAGCAUAUCUAUUUCCCUGUCAGUUAAGUAUUUUACAUAUCACGGUAGUACCACUUUCAUGCAUAAGCAUGAAUAAACGAUGUAUAGUUUACAUUCUAUUCAUAAAUGAGUAUUUUCAAAUGUAUACUAUUACUUAUAAGCAUUUAUAAUGAUUUAUUGAUGACUACUACAAAGCUUAUCCAAGAUCAUUAAUUAAUUGCUGGAGAUGACAAAGAUGUUGUAAGGAACUGAGGCAGAAGAACGUUGAUAUUCGGGGAUCUGUAUAACAGAUAGAUAGGAGGGUUGUUCCACGAAUAGAGAGACAUUUGUGUCCCUUUGAUAUUUUAAUUCAUUUGAACAUAGGCCACAUGGAAAAUUCAAUAAAUAUAUAUAUUUGUAUAUGAAUAAUGACUUGCUAAAGUGCCAAAAUGUAUCAUUUUGACAUGCCCCUCUGUGCAUCCUCUAUGACUUCUAGGAAGAUUUUUAACCACUUAACACCAGACCUUUUCCAGGGUUUUCACCAUUAUUGUAAAGCCCUAGUUGUGUUAUUGCUUUGACAAAGUCAUUUCUGAAGUUUAUUAUGUAAUUCAUGUGAUUAGAUGAAUCACUAAUCACAUAAAAAUAAAUAUUCUUAAGAAUCCUGUCCCUCAAUUUAAGGUCAACCUUGUUACGUGAACUGGCCUCCCUUUUUAAUAUGGUGCAACUUUUAAAAAUAAAAAGCUGGAUCUACUCUUUUCAGCCAUUUUGUGGUGGAAAACUGAGCACGUAACACAUCAACCCUGUCACCCAUAGAUAGACGGGCAAGAAAUGUUUUAAUGAUUCAAUUUUGGGAGGAAUGGACAGCUAUUUCAAUACAUCCUCUGUACAGACCAUGAACUACACUGUGGGAAAUGGUUCUGGGUCGGCCUCUUGCGGCUUGAUGGAGAUCUCCGCCCACCCAUUCUUCACCGUAACCUACUCCCUGGUCUUCCUGGUGGGUGUGGUUCUCAACGGCUUCACGGUGCAGGUCUACUUCUGCCGAGCCCAGCGCCACCAAUCCAGCGUGACAGUAUAUAUGCAGAACCUGGCCGCAGCAGACUUCUUCCUCAGCCUGUGUCUGCCUCUCCGCAUUGCCAACUACGCCACCCACAACUCGACCAUCAUGCGCCACGUGUACUGCAACUUUGGAGCCACGGCCUUCUACCUCAACAUGUACGCCAGCAUCCUCUUCAUGGACUACAUCGCAGCCAACAGGUACAUGAAGAUCGUCCGUCCUCUGGAGACCCACACCCUGCAAACGGUGCGCGCUGCCCACUACAUCUCCAUGGCAACCUGGGUCGCCCUUCUGGCCUCAUCAUCUGCGUACCUGACCGUAUCCCUCCUCACCACUUGGGGUGCAGAUCUCAUCCCCGGUACCAUAGGCUGUGACUCCCUCCACAGCACCCAGCUUCUACUGCUCUACAAGAUAAUCCACAGUUUCUCGGCCGCCAUCUUCCUCUUUGUUCUGUUUUCCCUCGUCUUCUUCUACUGGGGCACCAUCCUCAGGCUGCGACAGGCGCAGCUGAACCAGCAGAGACAUCCUUCCUGUGGAUCCGGAAGGAACCUCAGCCGCUCCAAGAGAAACAUGCUAGUACUGGUCACUGUGUUCUGCGUGUGCUUUGUGCCGUACCACCUGGUGCGCCUGCCCUACGCCUUCCUCCGGCCCUUCUUGCACAGGUGUUACUGGCAUCAGGCCUUCUACUACAUGAAGGAGCUGACAGUGCUGCUGUCAGUCCUCAAUGCCUGCCUGGACCCACUCAUCUACUUCAUCUUCUGUAAGACCUUCAGGGCCCAGCUGGGCAUGCAGAGGUGUCUCAGUAUGACAAUGGCACAGCCAGACAGUACAGCCCCACCGCCAGGAGCUGGGAGAAUUAGCCAGGGGAACCUAACCACCCUGCCAUGCACUCAGACAAGGGCGUCGUUCAGCAUGUCGAGACGGGCCAGUGUAAUUUAGGACACACCGCACUGCCCUCCUCUGGUACAUUUUCUAUCUACUAGAAAUUAUUUGAACUUUGUAUUGGGGAAAAAAAGAUAAACUGCCUAGAAUGUCAAUACUUCUUUUGGAGGCUGAAAUGUGCUAAUUUGAUGUCUCUACUCAAUACAGAAUAUGACAUGGGUUACCUAUGGGCAUCCUUUGGUCUAGAUAGAACAUACAUUUGCCUAUUUGCCUUGUACUGCUAUUUUGCCCUGCUGAGAGCCGAGACCUCAGACUUAAAUUUUCCUGAUAAACUCAGACGACAGCUUGACCUGACUGGCUAUAUGUAACCUGUGGUUUACCUUAGUGAUUUAGAUGGAGAAAUAUAUUGUUUGGCUUUGUUUCUGUCCCCAACCUCUCUAUUCAACCGACCUGCACACACACUCUUAAUAAAUGGCUCUAGCAUUGUUGUUGACAAAAGUACAGUAUUAAUCAUUGUGCGUUCAAUCAAUCAAAUCAUGGCAACACGUACAGCCAGAUAAAACACCAAGGUUAGUGUCUGUGCACUUUGUGUCUUAUGUAUUUGUAUCAAGCUCCAAUAAAUGAUACACAUUAGAAAUGAGUACCUGUCAUCAUUUCCAUGUGUGAUCAAAAGCACAGAUGAGGGAACAGAAAUGACACUUCUCUAUUGAGCACAUCUUAUUUCUGGUCAUCAGUUCCUGUAGCAGAUACAGACCGCCGAAACCCACCACAGAAUUUCAUGUCCUCAAAAUGUAAAACCUUAAAAGCAUAACAUAAUAUAGCUAAAAGCUUUUUGUUUUUGUGUGGUAUGAGGAAGGCUUUUACAAGAGGAAGUCCAACAUACAGAAUGCCAAAACAAUAUUGUAGCAAAUAAACCUAAAAAUAAAAUAUGCAAUUAAAGUGCAUCCUCUUUUAAAGUGUUAGAUUACACCUCAGUUUCUAAUGCUAAAUAGACGUGUCAAAUAGGACAUUUCAACAAAAAAUAGGAUUAUUUCAAUCUACUGUACAAAUGGUGAGAUACUGUCAAGCAAACGUAAUUCUUGGGUAUAGUGGGAUAAAAACAAUUUUUUUUAAAUGGUUAGAUUGUUUACAAAUUGGUGAGAUUCAGAAUGGAAAUCUUUUUCUAGCUUCCUUUUACCGGUCACUGACUGUCUAGGAUGUGUCGUCUGGGUGUAUACGCUAAAGAAGUUGAACAUGAAACUCAUAGUGUU